GCCCCCACUCAGGCUCACUCAGCCUGCUCUACUCAGACCUCUGUCUCUCUCUCUCUCUCACACACACACACACACACACACACACCGCUCUGAUACACAUCAUGCGUACCUGUGCGGAGCUGUUCUACCACCCAAAGCUGGAUUUUACUGACGCAUCUGGCUGAUUCCGACACAGACAGCACCCUGAAAGGAUAUUCCGACCUGCUGAGAUUAGAUUUCUUUUUUUUUUUUUUUUUUUUGUGUGUGUGUGUGUUUGUGUUGUUUCACUGAACGGUGAAAGCUGAGCGCCGCGGCAAAGAGUUUAGAAGAGGAGGCCGUGCCAUGAGAGUUGACUUCUGAGUCGGAGCCAAGAAGCCCAACAGUCCUUUGUAUUUGUGUCCUGUGUGAAUUGGAGCCACUGUCCAACCAUGAGGAGCAGCUCUCAUGUCCUGCCUCUUGGUGUGCUCGCGGCUCUGCUGCUGUCUCAGGUCUGCUCCGGCAUCAAAUGGCUAUCACUGUCACACGCUCCUGCAUCUUUACACAUCAACCACACCCAGCACUGUAAGCAGCUGCCUGGCAUGGUGUCCUCCCAAGCUCAGCUGUGCCGCAGCAACCUGGAGCUCAUGCAAACCAUAAUCCAAGCUGCCCGCGAGGUCAAGAAAACGUGUCAGAAGACCUUUGCUGAUAUGCGUUGGAACUGCUCCUCCAUUGACAUCCCCAUUGACGCCCCCAAGUAUCGGCCAGACCUCGACCGAGGAACAAGAGAGGCGGCGUUUGUCUAUGCCUUGUCCGCAGCAACCAUCAGCCACACCAUAGCACGGGCGUGCACUUCUGGAGAUUUGCGGCUGUGCUCGUGUGGUCCUAUUCCUGCAGAGAUCCCAGAGCCGGGCUACCGCUGGGGCGGCUGCGCUGACAACCUGCACUAUGGUUUGAUCAUGGGCUCCAAGUUCUCUGAUGCUCCCAUGAAGAUGAAGCGCGCAGGCUCCCAUGCCAACAAACUGAUGCACCUACACAACAGUGAAGUCGGGAGACAAGUAUUGAGAGAGGCGCUGGUGAUGAAGUGUAAAUGUCAUGGUGUGUCCGGCUCCUGCUCCAUAAGGACCUGCUGGAGAGGCCUGCAAGACCUGAGGGAGAUCGCCAUGGACCUGAAGACCAAGUACCUGUCAGCCACCAAAGUGGUUCACCGGCCCACGGGGACACGCAAACAGCUGGUACCCAAAGACAUCGACAUCAGGCCGGUGAGGGAGAACGAGCUGGUCUACCUGCAGAGCUCCCCGGACUUCUGUACCAAGAAUGAAAAACAGGGCUCUGUUGGCACACAGGACAGGCAGUGCAACAAAACCUCUGUCGGCAGUGACAGCUGUGAUCUGAUGUGCUGCGGCCGUGGCUACAACCCGUACACAGAGAAGCUGGUGGAGCGCUGCCACUGCAAGUACCACUGGUGCUGCUACGUAACCUGCAAGAAGUGUGAGCGGAUCGUGGAGAGAUACGUUUGCAAAUGAGUCUGUGCCACUGCCGGCCCCACCAGCAGUCCUCUAUUUGUACCCAGCCACCCGAGGCUACAGAUUAACCAAAGCACUACAAUACCAAGAAGGCUUAAUUUUGUCUUAAGCUUUAGCAUGUGUAUCUCGACGAGAUAUGGUCUAUUCUGUGUGUAUGAUUUUUGUAUCGAAUCUCCAAACUGCCAAUUGGGCUUCUAAGCUUUUUCGCUUCACAAACCUGGACGUGGAGAGUGUGGCGACAGUGUCGGUUUACGUGAAGACCGCCGUCCUCCUGGGUAUUUCCUUUUUCUUGUUCAUGAUUAUAAAUUCCCCUAACAGGGAUAUUGAAAGUCUAUUUUAUUAUAUCUCUAAUAAAAAGAAAUAAUAUUGGAUUUUAUGCUGGAGGUGAGGCAUUGUCUUUUCCCCCCCACUAGACAGACUUGUGUUUGGCUUCAUUCCACGGAAAUCAAACAGUUCUGAUGGAUCCAUGUGGUACUUUUUUAGGUACUAUUAAAACUUUUUUUCCUGUGCAGCGAUGGACAAUAGCGGAAAAAGGAACACAAAGGGAACUUCAAGUACUUUUCAAUCAUGGAACAUUUUUGUGGUUGACGUUUUGGACUCUCACCAUGUGUCCUGUGUGGAUCUUGACAUGACUGCAUCCCUGUGGAUUGAGAGAGGAGCAUUAAGGACUUAAGCAUUAUCUCCUUUAUGUUUGACAUGCAGUUCAAAAUAUAUUCUAUUUUUCAGAGCAUAUGAGCUGAACUCAUGGAUUUUGUAAACCACUUUUGUGUGGAUGUACAUACUCUUAUUUUGUAUACUGAAAUAAAGAAAAAAGUAUUUAUAAAAUAAUUAAAUGAUCUUCACCAUCAUCUUUA